GUUCGCAAGCCAAUUUCACAUCUUAAUUCAUACACUCAAAUUAAUUUAAAUUCAACUUGUCACUAGACGCAAUGAAGCGGGGUCGCAAGCAGGACGAUACUUUGCCUCCUUCUCGUAGCCGCGAGAUCCAGAGGGCAUUUCGCCAAAGGAGGUCGGAUUAUAUUAAAGGGCUCGAGGCAAGAGUUCAUGAACUAGAAAUCGAGGUGGACGAGGUCCUAGCUCGACACAACGAACUGUUGCGCUACACGACUCCUGAGGUUGUCGCCGCUCGCUCGGCUUCGCGCAAGAAGCAGAGAAACAAGUCCAAACAUAGCUUGUCCCAAUUCUUGGACGUGAACCAGCCAGUCGAGGUUUACGCUCACUCCCCAUCAGAUCCUCUGGCACCUUUGCCCGAGAAUUCCAUGGUUCCUCCCUCUUCCGUUGGCUCGAAUCAAAGCAUGGGGUCCGAUAUUUCGCCUGCAACGCCCGCUCAGUAUAUCUUCACAGACAUGAAUGGCGAUCCUCCCAGUGCACAGAAUUUUUCCAAAGGUCCUUUUGCGCCGUUUUCGUUCGCGGGCCAGGUCGAGCACCAACAUCAAUAUGUUUGUCGUGACAACGAUUCUUCAUCGAUUCUGGCACGAAGAAACCAGCGUCUCCUCCAUCUUUGGGACGGGGUUCCCAAGGCCAACGAUCUUUCCGGCGUGUCUGCCGAAUCUCCGGGUCCGCCUAGCUCCCAAUUCUCUCACCCGAUUUCCGCAAGCGAAUAUCGGUGCUCAACCUCCCAGAUUGAAAUGUUGAUGGGGAUAGAGCCGGUGGGCCAAUCACCUGUCGUUUCCUCACAGCUUAUGUCCUCUUUCGAUUUGCAUCACGAAGUCAGAGUUCCGCCUCCAUCUUCUUGUUCCCUUCCAUCCCUGGUAGCGGACUCAUCGGUCCAGCCGGAUCAACUUUCCGUCAUCGGGUUUAACACUUAUACAUCGAAUUCUGAUCCGGAUGCAUCCCCUUACGCAUUCCGGUCUCCUCAUUCACAAAUUUCCGAUCGAAUGAAUCCAUGUUACACUUUCAUGGAUUCUUCUAAUAGUUCCAGUCCCAAUGCUUCGGUGUACCGUCAUGAAAGCCCUCUCGACGUCUUUCACCCAAGACCCUUGUCCAGUCAACACAACCAACCCAAUGGAACAUUAUCAGAUUUGAUUUCUCUUGCCACGACAAAACUGGAUCAUUUCGAACCUCCGAAGGAAUGUAGCUAUCCAACUUCGAACUUGCAGCCAUCCCCACCUCUAGCAGAAAGCCCCGUUUCUCCUGACUCGUUAGAAAAUUCGGAGCUGUCUAAUGACGAUAGAUCAAGCAUUUCACCAGGUGAAAACCCUACCUUCGCUUAGCAGGUGCCAGACUCUUACAAAAGACCUCCUGUAUGAUCCACUUAUAAGUUUCCUGUCCAUGAAGAUUUAACUCAAACUUGCCUUGUACUCUUUAAACAUUUCUACAAAAUUAUGUUUCAAAAGAUUUCCAAUCUCUUAGCAUGUCAUUUCAUCCUUGACUCCUUGACUUGUUGUUUCAUUGUUAUGUGCAAUAUCCAAUAAAAC